GGAGGGGCAGCAGGGAGGUUGUUAAAGAAACACUGCGCGGUUCCCACCGGGCCCCGCAGGUGCGGCCGCAGCGAGCGCGCUCCGUGACCGCACCCAGCGCUCCGUGACCGCACCCGGCGCUCCGUGACCGCACCCAGCGCUCCGUGACCGCACCCGGCGCUCCGUGACCGCACCCAGCGCUCCGUGACCGCACCCGGCGCUGCCCCCGCCGCCCGCUCCGGAGCGCUCCGCGGCCAGGAGGGUGUGCAGGGGCGCUCCGAGCCUCGCCCCUGCUCCCCGCCGCUGCUGCGAGGCGCAGGCAUGCUCAGUAGCCGGUGCCUACCCCUCCUCUCCCAACAGCAGCGCCUGCAACAGUAGGAGCCGGCUGGCAGCGGGCGCGGAGCCGAAAGCCAUCUUUGCUGGAGAGGAGCCGGCGCAGCCGCUCGGCCCCCGCUCGCCAUGUCUGUUCCAGCAUCUGCCCAGGGUGCCACAGGGGCUGCAGGGGCUGCAGGGCCCCCUCCUGCCACCAACGUGUCCAGCAACAAGAGGCUGCAGCAGACACAAGCCCAGGUGGACGAGGUGGUGGACAUCAUGAGGAUGAACGUGGACAAGGUGCUGGAAAGGGACCAGAAGCUGUCGGAGCUCGACAACCGGGCAGAUGCAUUGCAAGCAGGUGCCUCACAGUUUGAGACUAGUGCAGCCAAACUGAAGAGGAAAUACUGGUGGAAAAAUUGCAAGAUGAUGAUCAUCCUCGGUGUAGUAUGCGCAGUCAUUCUCAUUAUAAUUAUAAUUUAUUUCUCCACUUGAAAAAGCAGAGAAGGAAGACUUGGCACACCUUUGUUCAUAUCAACCGACGAUAUCAGUGUUCCUUUGUUGAACUCCGCUUUUUAAUUCCCGGUGUCUUGGGAUUUUUGCUUGUAAUAACCCAUAAGCAUUCAGUGUGGUGUAUUUUGGAAUUCUGUUGUUUCCACAAGAAACUGUACCAGCUAAAUACUGCCAAGUAGUUCCAUACACUGUCUAAUCACUGUGUCUUAAGAUGUGUAUGCACUGACCUUCAGAAACUGUAGUAUAUGAAAAGCAUCCUAAAACAUCUCAGAAUCAGAGAAUGCAGCUGUGGGGAAGCUCCUCUUUAAAGGGACACUGCUGGGUGGAUUGGACCCACAUCUAAGGUUGCAGCAAACAUUAGGACCAAAAUUCUCCUAAAGCUCCUAAAGUUGGAUGGCAAAAUCCAUUGUCAGAUGUAUCUGUUACUCCCAGUGAAGAGAGGGAUACUUGUAAGUAUUCAUGUAAGAUAUCAUAUUUCAAUUUAGCCAAUCAAACACAGAUUUCUUUGAGAUUAGAUGUAGAAUCCAAGUCUAAAAACACUGUCCACAGAAAAUAAAUUAAGACUGGUUUGUCAUCUUUUAUGGAUUUAAUUUUUUUCCUUAUGCAAAACACCUCAUGGUGUUGUGAACAACCAAGAAGGCCUCAAGCUGAAAGUCAGAAAGGAAAAAAAACCUGUGUGACAGACAAAAAGUGUUAGCUAGGACAGUCCUGAAAAAUCCAAGUGAAAUCCAGAAGUGGCAAUACAAACAUCACAAAUGACUCAGGUACAGUCUCUUGCUGAAAACUCAAGGCACCAUUUGUCAGGUUUCAUGGGACAUCUCUUGGAUGCCAAUCCCCAGUAAUCAGGCCCUGAGCUGAAGCCCGUGGGCAGCGUUGGUGAUGUCUGGGGCUGCCCAGCUCGGCAGAGGAAGCUGCAUCUGCAGUUUGCAGAAAUGGUCCCCACUGCCAGGAUGGUUCAAAAAUCAGGGAGAAGGUGGGGGGAACAGUGGGGAGAGGCUGAGAAAGGGAAGGAUGCCUAGCAGAGCUUUCCUGGAGAAGAGGAAGGAACAGAAACACUGUUCAGAGUAGUGGUGUUAAUAGGCUUUAAAAAGAUAUAUUUUAAUUUGUGCAUGUGGAUAGUUCAUAAACCAUACUGUCAUCUUUGUAAAGUGCUCAGCUGAGAUACCUAUUAUACUCAAUUAAUUUAAACUAACAUUUGAUGUAAUUAUAAGAAAUUAUAUAUUGUGGCUUGAGAGAAAGUUCUUUAUGCUCUUGUGAAAUUUUUGCUUUUCUUUUUAAAACAGUGAAUCAUUUAAUCAUCCUUAACCAAACUAAAAAUGAAUUUAUCAAAUUUUGAGCCAGGAAAUUCAGAAAAGGGUCUUUUUAGGAUAACUCCUUCAAAAUUUCUAAAAAUAAUCCAUAGAAUUAAAAAAAAUAAUAAUUUGCUGGGUUGGGGUUUUUUGUCUGCAAUUUAUCUAGGGAAAAGAAACAGUGACAAUAGUAGUGUAAAUACUCCCACUGUGGACUAUCUCUCUUGAUACGGUUUUAGAUUAAAACAAAUUGGAGCCUGACCAGUUUGAUGCUGUGAACCUAUAUAUAAAUUGUGCUAAAGUAGAAUUUUGCAGAAAGAAUAAGUAAUGAUCAAUUGAAAGGUUCCAGUUACAUUUUUCCCCAAAUAUUUAUCACUUUAUAAUCAUGUGUACUACUUCAUAUCAUUAAGUCAUAAGUGGCCCAGCCUUAAUGAAGCUGAAUAUUCAGAGUUACUAAUGUGGUAGUGGACUCCCUGGUGUGCCCUGAUCACUUCAGUCCUUCACUGGGUGAGAACACAAACAAUUCAGAAAUCCUCCUGGGCUGGACAAAAAUGUAGCAGGGAUGAAAGGCCUGGCUCCAUGAGGGGACACAGCUGAGGGCUGUGUAUAAAUGAGCUUUCACUGGGAGAGGAAUGAGCCAUUCAACUUCAGGAGCCUUUUUAAACUGCUAAGGUAACUAGAUAUCUGAUAUGAAGGAAUUAUCUGCUGAGAGUGGGACCCUGCCACCCACAGCCGUGCCGAGCGUGGUGUCCUCACAGGGCUUCUCUGCUGAAGAGACUCAUGAGAUGAAGAUAGAUUUACUGGAGGUGGUGCAAUCAGGAAGGUGAAAUGCUGAUACUGAGCCUUAAUACAGAUGUUCCUUCUCCUCUGGGAGGCUGAACUGAUACUCAGCUGAUAGGAGUGCAAAUACACAUUAAAGAGUUUGAAUCCUCUAGCUACAAACACACAAAGCUCCCAAAUGAAACUGCAGUGUAAGUGCUACAAGCAUGCAAAGCUCACAUUCUCCCAGCUAAUGUAGUUCAAGCAAGUUAAUAAUCAAAAUCAAAUCUCACCUUUAGGUGAGAGUGGAGAAUAGAAACUGUUGUCUGUGGAAUGUGGACUCACUCUCUCUCAAAAUUGUAACUAAUGGGGAUGACUGCUAAAUGUGAGAAUUUGCAAGGAAGAGUUAAGAAACCUGCCUUCUAGGUGGGCUGUAGAAUGUUUCCUCCUGACUAUUUCCUCCUGUGUGGUGGUGAAGUAUGGUAAAUUAAUGUGUUUAACUUUUCAAAGUUAUUGGCCCACAGUGUGCUCUUGAAUGCUCAGUGUUUGCUACUACUUGUGCUGUGGUGGUUGGUUGUAGUUGGUGAGAUAAGCCACGUAAUCUUUCUAAUUCCGCCCAGGGAGCAUGAACAAAUAUGUCUCGCCCUGAUGCACAGAGCUCAACUGCUCUUGCAGAGGGUUAAACCUUCAGCAAGGAGAAUAUGGUAAUGGGGAGCUGUUCAGGGUCACAGAUUGUGCAACAGCAUCUCUCACAUCCGCCAGGCUGGUGCAGAGCACAAUCUAUAUAGACACAGCUGGAAAUCUCACUUGCGUUGGAGCCAGGAUUGAUUGCUGUCCACUGCUCUUCUACAUUUGAAAUGUCCAUGCAGUUACAACUGCCUGCCUGUGAAUUUUCCAUGAAAUCCUUCAGUCAUUCUUGUUCAGUCAGCACCAAUCAGAAUUUCAGCUCCUGCUCUGUGCCAGUGAUACUGCCUGGGCUGGUCAAACGUCACAAAAGGGCCUUUCAGUGACGCCCUGGCAAACCCUCAGGGGACUGCAGGGCCAUUGCUUUCUGACUGCCACCUUGGGGACCAAACUGAGGCCUCUUCUGGCUGGAAGCAGUGCUUCUGAUAGCUUUAUCCAGAACUAGUUAUUGUUUGAGACCUGCAUAUUCCAUCCUUACCAGAAGCUCCUCCUCUGCUUUCUGGAGCACAUCCCAGAGGCUGUGCAGCAGGAGAUGCCCUUCACACAUAGCACAGCUGAAAGGAAGGGGUUAACAGCUGCUCAGUGCCUGUACCAUGGCUGCUGCUUGGCUUCUCAGUGAUUUGUCAAUGAUCCUACAUCAGCUUCUGAGCUUGAACAAGUGUUGCUUGCACCCACUAUCAACAGGCUAUUAAGGCACACUUUCUCUCCAAUUUAGCUCAAUUUGCAGUGACACAGAUGUGGCUUUAAACCCAAAACCAGAUGUUUUUAACCCAAAACACACAUGUGGCUUUAAACCCCCAAACAGUGUUGCACAUAAUUUGGCAGGAAAACUUAGUGUGGAAGCUCUAAUGAGGUACUUGACCUGAUUUUCACAUGGCAGUAUUGCAUAGCAGCACAGUCAAUCCAACAGAGUGGAACCUGAUCAGUACCAUCAAUCCCAUCCAGAAGGAGGAUGGGAGAAUCUGAUAAGGAUUCUGAAUAUAACCUUGGGUCUGGAAGAUAAGGGGUGAUUUAGAAAUGUAGUCCAGUUGGACUUAUGAGCACUUUCAUUCAGUUGGAACCCCCAUGAUGUUAGCCCCGGGAACAGUUCAGGCAAGUAAAAUAUUUGGCUUUUUUUCUUUUUAUAUAGUGAUCUGCAAUAAGUGACUUAAACACUCAGUGACAGAAGUGCAGGACAUUAUUGGCUGUGCAAGGAAUUUAUUAGAACAGCCUCAUCUGUUAUAGUUUUGUCUGAGUAGCAAGACCUUUUAAAAUUCCACAGUUGCUGUCACUGCUCCUGUGACAAGGCUUCGCCUAACUUUAAUUUUAUGAGCAGCUGCAGUACGUCUUGUCUGAAUACAAUGGAUUUUAGCUCUUAAGACCAAGUUCUUGACUUGGCAUCAAUAUUAGAGCAUACCUGCAAAAUGGUCUGCUGUUUAGAAGGGCAUUGACCAUGGGAGAGGAACUUGAGGAACUUUUAGAAGCUGGAUCUCAACUCUUUCAUGCUUUCACAGAGUGAAUUUUCUCUAUUCUGUGGGAGAUUAUCCACACAGAGGGAAUAUGCAUGAUCUAUUCUUUUUUUUUAAGAGAGCACCUUGAUUGCAUGUUGGUGGGAGCCCUUCACAAAUAACCUAGGGAGCACUUGGGUAUGAUCCCGGAUUUAUCUCUCAGCCCUGCUCCCGCUGCCCUUUAAACAGGGAAGAGGCUGAACCAGCAGCCUUAAAAGGCACUGGGCUCUCUCCCAAUGUACACAGUGAGUAUUAGAGAAAGGCCUCAAAGUCUCUUUGAUCUGGAUUUGCAUCCUGACCUGAACUUUAGACUGUAACAGAUCAUAACUUUGGGCCCUGUAUCUCGUCAGAAGACUCAGAUGCUCUUCCAGCCAGUUCUUCCUCACCUGAUUCAGGACCCUGUUGCUGGACAAGAUACAUUUGAGCCAGAGAAAGCACAAGCAUCCUCAAAUUAGCUUCUUUAAAAGCAAAUUCAAAAGGCUGAAGAAAGUAGUUUGAAAAAAAUGAAUUGUAGCUAAAGAAAUUACUGGCUGAAGAUUUCUCAAGUGGUAACAUUAUUGUCAGGAGAGAUACUAGAUUGGGAUAUAUGAAACAACCAAACCAGAACCUCACACCAGUUGUUCUUUCUCCAUCUGGUCUACUUCAGAAAUACUUCGGGAAAGGAUUUUGUUUUCCUCUUAAGUUAAUUUCUCUUCCUCAGUGGAUUAAUGUGUGUCUCAAUUGAUGUGCUCAGGAGUUUUUCUUCUCCAUUGAGAACCCUAAGGCUCUCUGCCUUUAAACACAUGCAUAAAGAGAUCUGAGCCACCCAAGGAGUUUGCCUUCCUUCCUGAUGCACUGACAUUUAAAAGCUACAUCUUAGAAUAAAGCAUAAAAACGGUGGCAGUCUGGUUACAUGCAGUUUUGGUGGAGUAAACACUUGAUUAUUCAACAAUGAGUCACUCCUGCAGUAACCUCAUUCUGUCAUGAGUGUAUCACACCUGCUAACUCUCCAAAGCAAAACCCAGAACCUGCACCUCUUCAAAACGUGAAUACAGCCUCGUGGUUUGCACGUAACGCUCUAUUCAACCAAAGAAGCCACGUACUAGAAGUUUAAAAGGGCAAAGUACUUGUUCUCAAAGAGAAAAUCUCAUAGAGAACAACAAAGACAAUUACGAAAAAACCUUCUCCAUUCUUUAGCUCUUCUCACAGUGUCUGGUUUAUCCAUUAUUCUUCAAGUUUCUUUCUGUUCUCUUAGAAAGCCAUUGUGGUUUUGGAGUGUAGUGUAUUUGUAGCACAGAAUUUUGGGGCUGUUCUGCCCUCUGGGCUGACUCCCUGCCUUGUGCCGUGCUGUCACUGCUGCUCUCAGCCCGAGCUCAGGUGGGGCUUGGCUGAAGCUGAACCUCCUCCCACAACACCCAGCUCUCCUCAAACCUCCCCUCUCUGCUCAGCAGAAUGUGGCUCCUGGGUCUCCAUUUGCUUCAAAAUUAUGGGAUACAAAUAAGACUAAACAACAGCAUUUUUGCUAUACUACCUUAAAUUGUAACACUGGAAUUUUAAUCGAAUUUAUUUAACAGUUCUUAUAACAGUAAUUUCAUUAAUUUUGUUGAAAAUAGAGGAAACAGUAAAUAAGGAUGUUGUGGUAGUCACAAUAUUGUAAAUUGGGAAAUGGUGCAAGUGAAAUAUUGCUAACAUUCAGUAAAAUCCCUUUUUUAAGUGGCCCUACCUAAGAGAACCCUUUCUAUAUUAAAAUUAAGCAGUGCUUUUCUAUCAAAUUAAAAUACUUACAAUGAACUAUGACAGAUGGUAGUGUUUUUCCUGGACAAUGCAGGAGAGAGAUGCAGGAAGGAUGGUGCAGCAUUCUUUGCAGAGAGCACCUUUUGGGGUGUUCUAGCCCCAGAUAAUGGGGCUGCUGGCAGCUGCAGCAGUGGCCAAGGACUUCAGUCAAAUUAGGAUUUCAGAAUGCUUGGGGCAGUAAAGAUCCAGCCUGAAUGUCCACUUUGUCCUAGAGCAGUUUGGGCUCAGUAAUGGAAUCUUUUUGACACAGUGUGAUUAUUUUGGUUACUCUUGAUCCUUUACAGUUCCUGUGCUUGUCCACCUGUAAAUGGUCUAAGGGGAGGAUAAAAAAACCCUUUGUUGAAUCCAUUACCUUCCUGUCAUGUAUAUGUGAAUACAUAGUGGUGGUCUGAGCUUUUUGUGAGGAAAGGUUUAAAAGAAUUAAAUCAGUUUCUACCCCUGAUACAUUGCAGGUUUACAGUAAAAUAUAAUGGCAGCUGCAAUUAUUUUCUUUGUAAGAUCAAGGAUUGAGAUAGUGCAUAUAAUGGAUCUACAAAUGCACAAUACAUUUUUUUUUCAGAAGUUUAGCUAUUAAUAUUUAUAGUAUUGAUCUGAAAGUUUGCUAAAAUUUCUUUAUUAAUGAAAGUAAUCUUAGCUGGAACUGAAAAUUCAGUGAUUGGAAUGACUACAUGCCACUAGCAAGCUACUAAAUAAUGUAAGUUCAGUCUUUAAUGCAACCCAAAGGGAAAAAAUAUUCUGAUUAAAAGUAGAAAUGUAUGGUAAAGACUAUCAGUAUAAAGUUUAACCAUUACUUAUUUAUGUAUUAUUUAAGCAAUUAGCAGCUAUAAAACUACUCAAAUAAUCAGUUUCCAAAGCUUAACUAUAGAUGAAAGAAUAUAUAUUUUUUCUCAUUAGAAAACCUAACUUCAGUCUGUGUUCCAUCUACUUUUUUCCCCAGACAAUAAAAUGCUAAUAUUGCUAUGACACACUCACAGGUCUGCACAAUAAAAUGUUACAGAUAGCUCACUACUUGUCAUGAAAAACAUCAUUAUUUUUGUAAAUGAAACAUCCUCCCUCCCCCAACCACAAACAUGGUAAAAUAUUACUCACAUGAGGUUUAUCAGCAUCACUGAAAGAUUAGAAAUUAGCACCUCCUACUCAAGAGCAGGACUUAAAAACAUGCUUUGUCUGUUGCAAAAAUACAUUCUGAGGGGGAUGCACCAACUGUGUAGAGGUUAAAAUUUUAUUUGAUGACUUCUAUUCUUUUUUCCUUCCCCUUUCCAAAGAAAGUGCUUAUAUAUGUAGACAGGCAUUUGCCAUUUGUGUGAGAUGUUCUCCUUCCAAAUAAGAAAGAGAUGAAACAGCCACUGUCUACUGUGAGCAACCUUAGUUUGCUUUGCAGCAUAAAAAGUCCUCUAAGUGGCAAUAUAUGAACUCUUAUUAUAAGCUUGUUAUGCUCAUUGCAGGAAAUGAGUUCAUAGCCAGCUAAUUAGUAUUUUCCUUAAUGACUUAAUGCUUGAGUGUUAGCAAAGAAGAGAAGAGCAGCCUCUGGAGGUGUUUGUGUAAUCAGUCAGCACUGCAGUGUCUCAAACUCACCAGCCUGGAGUGAGGAGCAAGGCAUGCCCAGGACUGGAAGUGGCUUCAACAUGUGCCUAAGCAUACAGUCAAUGUCUAUUUUCUGUUUAACAACAAAACCCCUCAUUUGUCCUUGCUAAACCCAGGCCUGGCAUGGAAUCUGUGCCAUGUUCUAGUUCAGAAGAGGAAAAGCCUUUCCUUUGAAUGAUAACAAAAAAUGUCCUGCUCGAGGCAAGGCUGCCUUUGAGGCUGGGACAGGUUGCAUGGGUUUUGUCUCAGUGAGAUUUGAAAAUCUCCAAGGCCCAUGGCUCCACAACAAAUUCCAUCAUUGGGUAUGUUCUACUGAGACUGAUAAAAGUGCAGGAAACACCUUUAUAAGUGCAUGUGGUUUAUGGUUUUGCCUUUUUGUUCUGUUGUGCACUGAUCUGAUCGGAAUCAAAUUCAGAUCUAGUGGAAUUAAGUGCAACACCCCUUUUUUCAAAGAACUUCCACUGACAUCAAGAAAUUUUCUUUCUUUCUUGUUGCCAUUGGACUAAGGCAGGUGUGAUCGUGCUGAGGACAUCGGUGCAUUCUCUCCCCUGUGUGUGUGUGUGAAGCCUGCUUCUCUGACACUGAGUAGGCAUAGAAUCAGAGUCAGGACAUCUGCUGAAGUCUUGUUCCGUGCUGUCUGAGGUCAGGGACAAAAUCUUGAGUGGCUGCUGAGUUACUAGACUGACACCAAAGAAAGAAGAGGAUUUACUGAGGUUGCUCUUUCUCCUCACAAGUAUCCUUGGCAAUGCCACCUGUUUCAAAUGCUGAUGGAAUGGCACUGCAAAAUAAAAACCUUUCUUCUACCUCUUUCCUAGUGAUUCAUCAAGCUUUACUUCCUGUAACGGGAACAACCAGAAAUAAGUUUUCAGUUGCCCUUCUAAAAGCCCAAACUCCAGACCAAAUCUCUAGUUGCAUUCUUUUAAAGGCCACACAGUGGUGUUAAGCUCUGUAGUAAGACACUCAGAAAGGAGCUGAAAGUCUGUGCUGAGAACAGCAUCUCUCACCUCAUAGACUCAGCUGUACUGGGCAAGGAGCUGUGAUUCGUGCCUCUACAGAAAACAACCCAUUUGCACCUUAUUGGAACUAUCUGGAGAGGAAAAAAUAAUGUGGUGGAGACCAGGACAUUUCUUAAAGUGCUUUACCUGGAGGUCAGUGGAUUUUCAUUUAUAAAUGAUAAUGCAUGUAUUUUGAUGCUGAAAUUGUGAUGACUUACAAAGUUUGAUAUUACUGUACUUUUUCUGUAAACAGUGAUUUUUUUGAAGUGGUGAACAUAUUUUCCAAGAGUAUCGUAGACAUUUGUAACAUGUAUGUUUGUGCCAAUAAAUCUUGUUUUAAGUAA